AUGGAUCCGCUCACCAUCGUCACUGCCGCAGCAUCUUUGGCGGGCGCCGUUCUGAAAGCGUCGUUCAAGAUCAAAGAGACCGUCGACGCCUACGACGACGCGCCGCAAAAUGUCGCCGACAUCGCCGAGGAGGUGCACGCGGUCCAGAUCGCCCUUCGCCAGGUCGAGAGCGUCGUGCUCCAGGACCCCCAGGCGAUCGAACGGCUGAAUUUGGAGGACGUCUUCGCCGUCGCCGUCAACGGUUGCCACGCGACGCUUCUGUCCAUCAGCAAGGAGUACGAGGACCUCUUCCUCCGCAGCGACUGGAGGGCCAAGAUCAAGGUCCUGUGGAAGGAUGGAGAGAUGACGCGGCUCCUUGGUCGCCUGGACCGGAAGAAAGCGACGUUGACGCUCCUCACGCAGACGUUGAACCUACGUUCUACGCAAGACAUCAAGGCCCUACUAGUACAGAAUCAGUCGACAUUGAACGCAGCGAAGCAAGACCUCAAAGAGCCCGCGUCGUACUACGCAGACUUCCGACCAACGAGUCCGAGUUCCUUGGAUAACUGCAAUGAGGCCAGAACACCGAGGGUCAGAGAUUCGGUUCUCAGCACCACUGAAUUCGACUUCGACUAUGACUUGAUCAAUACAAAGACCUACAGACGCGCUUUGCAGAGAUAUGCGGCCGCAAGCCAGGGGGUAGAUCCGAGUCCUGGACAGGAAACGGAAAGCUUGCCUGAGUUCCCACUGCCCCUCGAUCCGCUCUUGGAAGAGGAAGACGGCACCGGAGAUCGCGCCGGGUCGCCGUCAGAGUCGCUGACAUUCCAGUCGCGGCUCUCUCGGGCAACCACCCUACAGCCCGGUUCUGAGGGUGUAGCGUUCGCCAAUCCGCCUGCCACGCCGCCCAAAGAGCCUACAGUACGAACUGUGCGGUCCGAGGUCAACGAACCCAGAGCUGACCAGCCAGCAACGACUCUGGAGAUUCACGAUGCUGCCAGAAAGAAGCAACUUUCUCGGAAAAAGCCGGAAACCCGUGCACCGCGACAUCUCACCGCGGGACUGACAGCAGAAAGGCAUCGGCGUCGGAAGAAGCACGAGCAGCCUGCCCUUCCCGAGGCAUCGUCGUCGCCACAGAUGUCGGAAGAUGCACUCUGGCACAGAGAUGGUGCCGAGUCUGCCUCGAGUUGUCCUGCAACGGCUGACACGACCCCUGGCAUGACCUUCGCGACGCAAGUUCGCGACAAGUCCGAAAAGCGACGCAAGUGCGGCCGUCCCGUACAUCACAGGCGACGACACGAAAGGGAGGCGCUGCACACGCGAAGCUCUGAGACGUCGAGCGCGGCACUGGGCUCUGUGGACUCAGUGACGGACGCUCUGGAACAGCUUGGCCUGCCAAAGUCGAGGGCGUUCGGGAGAGAAAGGGGGCGGCGGAAGCAGACUGUCUAG